UGAUAUGUUUUUUAGCCUGGAGCUCCACAAGCACCCAGAAAUUGGAAACUGUCAAACCAAGAGACGAGGAGGAGCAAAAAAAAAUCUGUAAAAAGGAAAGGAAAAAAAAAGAAGAGAAGAAAUAAAUAGGAGAGAGAGAAGCUUGGCCAUUCCAUCCACUGCGUGCGUUUGUAACUUCCUCCGCAGCUAUCUCCCUUGCUCUCGCCAUCUCGCCAUUCUAGCUCCCGCAAAGCUCUCCCCCCCCGAGGCGAGCUCUCUCUGCUCCCGAGCGAGAGCUCUCGCCAUGGCGAAGAACGCAUGCAAGCUCUGCUACCGCCGCUUCGCUAGCCCACGCGCCCUCGCGGGGCACAUGCGGUCUCACUCUGUGGCGGCCGCCAACGCAGCCGCGGCUGCGGCGGCGGCCGCAGCCGCGAAGCUGCAGAUCUCAUCGGCGUCGUCCGCGUCGACGUCGUUCACCGCGGCCGAUGAGGAGGAGGAGGAGGAGGAGGAAGAGGAGGACGUGGGAUUCAAGAAGCCCCUUUCCAUCUACGCGCUCCGGGAGAAUCCCAAGCGCAGCCUCCGCGUCUCCGAGUACGCGUUCUCCGACCGCGAGAGCGAGGCCGAGUCCACCCCGACGCCCGCAGCCAAGGGCUUACGCGCCGGCGGCGGCGGCGGCGGCGGCGAUGGCGAGCCCAUGAGCUCGUUGUCGUACGCGGGAACGCCGGAGGAGGAGGUGGCGCUGGCCCUCAUGAUGCUCUCCCGCGACACCUGGCCGUCCGUCGAGCGCGGUGGCGGCGGGGGCGAGUACUCGGACGACGGGAGCGACGACGGCUACGCGCUCCCUCCGCCGUCUCCCGCUCCGGCGCCGGCGCCGGUGCCGGAGAAGCGGACGCGGUUCCAGUGCCCCGCGUGCAAGAAGGUGUUCCGGUCCUACCAGGCGCUCGGCGGCCACCGCGCCAGCCACGUCCGCGGCGGCAGGGGCGGCUGCUGCGCGCCUCCCGUCGCUCCUCCCCCUCAGCCGCAUCCGCAGCCGCCAUUGCCGGAGCACGACGCGGGCGAGGAAGACAUGGACGGGAAGGCGCCGCCGCACGAGUGCCCCUACUGCUACCGCGUGUUCGCCUCCGGGCAAGCUCUGGGCGGCCACAAGAAGUCUCACGUCUGCUCCGCCGCCGCCGCCGCGGCCCAUGCACAGACACCCGGCGGCGGCGCUCCUCCGCCCCAGCCCAAAAUUCUCGGCAUGAUCGAUCUCAACUUCGCGCCGCCCGUGGAUGAGGUGGAGCUCUCCGCCGUGUCAGAUCCCCACUUCCCCUCCAAUCCACCAGGUCCUUGAAGCAAGAAAACCAGACUUGGCAAUGGCGGAGAUGAUGAUCUGAGGUGAGGCAUAAAUCGAAGAAACAGAAAGAAUAACAAAAAGAGGGAAAAAAAAAAGAGAAGAGAAGGAUAAACACAAGAACAUAUUUUUUAGCCCCUUAGUUAAUCUUCUGGUCGUACCUUUUAGUAUUCCAUUCCAUUGAUUUGUGUUCAGAAUGUUUAAUUAAUAUGUUACUACCAUGCUGUUGCUUUGUUUUUUUUUUGCCUGUUUAAGCUAUGGAAUCGAUGUAGAUUUGAGCAACUGACAGUGCAACAAGAACUAGCCCCUGUUCUUGAUCUGUUGAUCCCAAUUCUUAUGCUGAA